AUGACUUCAACCACGGCCAUUCCGUUGCGCCAUGCAGCGAGACCGGGUUCAGCAGAAGAAUGGGUGUCGAUUGAAUCGCCCGUCACUCCAAUCGAGGCCGAGUCCGUGGCCGAUCGAAUCACCCGCAUCCAGGCCGAUCUUGCAGAAUUGUCUGCAUUCUACAAGGUUGAUACAUCUCCCUUGCGGUAUUCGCGAUUUCGCAGCUACUACGAUGAUGAGCUGAGUUCCCUGAGCCAAGCACCGUUUGAAACCUACACCCAGGAUGAAAAGGUAGACUUUAUCCUGCUCAAGAAUUACCUCUCUCGCGCCCGACGUACAAUCGAGCUGGAAAAGGCACGCGAUGAAGAAUUCGCUCCCUUGUUUGAGCCAUUCGCUGCAGACAUAAGAGGCUGGAUCGAGGCUCGAAUGCGUGUCGACCAAAUCGACCCCCAGGAGGCAGCAACAAGCUUUCACUCGCUGGUGGACAAGGUCAUCAAGUGCGAGUCUUUGGCUUCCAAUAAUGGUGCUCAUAGGUACUCCAAGGCGGCAGGUUAUCGCGCAGUCAAGAUGAUUGCCAAGCUACGGGAUCAUCUCAAGGAAAUGUAUGAAUUUUACAGUGGCUAUGAUCCAUUGUGGGACUGGUGGAUGCGGCAACCAUACUCUGAGCUUGAAACAGCUCUCACCAGCUUCACCAGCACUCUCAACACUGCAAUAGUUGGAAUCAAACCUGGAGACAAUGACGCGAUUGUGGGAGAGCCUAUUGGAAAAGAGGGCUUGCUCGCCGAGUUGGAGGCAGAAAUGAUGCCAUAUUCACCCGAGGAGCUUGUCCGGAUCGCCGAAAAGGAAUACGAAUGGUGCGAGUCGGAGAUGAUCCGGGCUUCCCAGGAGCUGGGGUUCGGCAGCAACUGGCGUGAUGCGCUAGAACACGUCAAGGGCCUCAUUGAGCCCCCGGGAUCGCAACCAGUGUUUAUCAAAUCUUUGGUCGACGAUGGGACCAAUUACGUCAAAAAUCACGACCUUGUCACGAUCCCGCGGGUGGCAGAAGAGGCUAUACGAAUGGUCAUGAUCCCGCCUCGCCAACAAAAGGUUUCGCCAUUCUUUCUCGGCGGGCCUGUUCUCUACGUUUCGUAUCCUACAGCCGAAAUGGCCCAUGCCGACAAGAUGAUGAGUAUGCGCGGAAACAAUCGUCACUUUUCCAAGGCCACUGCAUUCCAUGAAAUGAUUCCUGGUCAUCAUUUACAGCUCUUUAUCGCCGAAAGAUCCAAGCCGCACCGUCAAGUAUUCGAGACCCCGUUCUACAUUGAAGGCUGGGCGCUCUACUGGGAAUUAGUCUUUUGGGCACGUGGUGAUUUCUUCACGAGUCCAGAGGACCGGGUGGGAACAUUGUUUUGGCGAAUGCAUAGAUGCGCCCGCAUCAUUUUCAGUCUCAAGUUCCAUCUAGGUCAAAUGACACCAGCAGAAUGUAUUGACCUGCUCGUCAACCGGGUUGGACAUGAGCGGGCCACAGCUGAAGGCGAGGUGCGACGAAGCUUCAAUGGCGAAUAUGGACCACUGUAUCAAGCAGGCUAUCUGCUGGGAGCUCUCCAACUGUGGAAGCUCCGAAAUGAAGUGCUUGAGCGGGGGCUGCUGAAGGAAAAGGAUUUUCACGAUCGCAUUCUCAAGGCAAACAUGAUGCCGAUUGAGAUUUUGCGAGCCUUGCUCCUGGACCAGGAACUGCAAAGAAACUUUGAAAGCAAGUGGCGAUUCUAUGGUGACAUAUAG